AUGGUACCCGCAAUCAUUGAGACGGAGCCUACAUCCUCCACCGACAAUGCCUCCACCCCCGAAUUCGACAUCGUCUCCACCUACCGCCGCCUCCUCCACGAAGACCCCGAGCUCACUAUGCCCGUCGCGGCCAUCGAAUCCCUUGUCGAAGCCCUCUCCGCCAGCUCCGCAUCCACAAUUUCCGAGACCCUUGACUUACUGAACAAAUCCACCGCAAAGCUAAAAGCCGCGAUACCGAACCCCAUCUCUCUCUCCGCCGGCACAGAUCUCUUCCAGCGCUACCUAAUUACCACGCUUAACAGGCCUGCGGCCGGGCCCGGCAACUUUGACGCCAUACGGAAUCAUUUGUUGAACAAUGGCCGACUGUUCGUGGAGAGGGCGAAGGAGAGCAGGGAGAAGAUCGCUAGCUUCGGCCGACAUUUUGUUAGGGAUGGGGCAACGGUGCUUACGAAUGGAGGAAGUCGCGUUGUGGGCGCGUUACUGCGGUCUGCGGCUGAAGCUAGCGGGGGGAGGAGCAGCACGCGCUUUCGAGUCAUAUACGUCAUCUCGCACCCGUCGUCGAGCUCUCCACAUGGUCAGGAAACAUCGGUCCGUGAGAGCAGGGGCGACGCUAUUGUUAAAAUGCUACGGCACAAGGGUGUGCCAGUAGCGACAAUACCAGAGUCUGCUGUCGCCUACGCGCUGGGCAAGAUAGACAUGGUGAUCGUGGGCGCCGAGGGCGUGGUUGAGAACGGAGGUAUAAUAUCAAGAUUGGGGACGUAUCAGAUAGGGAUGCUGGCCAAGGCGGCGAGGAAGCCUUUCUACGUGGUUGCGGAGAGCCACAAGUUUGUGCGGCUGUACCCGCUAAGUCAAUACGACUUGCCCAUCGACCAGAAGGUCAUCGAGUUCGAAGUCGAAGGGGAUGGCAAGCUUGACAAGGCGGAGAAGAAGGAGGUGUUAGCGGACGUAGACGAGGGGGUCGUCAUGGGCGUGGAUGAUGAGGGGAAGACGGUAAACGCGGAGGAGUACAAGGGCAAUGGACUGGACGACGCAGUGGACUUCACACCUCCAGACCUAAUAUCGGGUAUCAUCACCGAGAGCGGCGUUCUCACACCGAGCGCUGUCAGUGAGGAGCUGAUCAAAAUCUGGUUCUAG